AUGCAGCGCGUUGCUCGUCAGCAGGGCACUGAAGAACACCCCGGUGAAGAACACCCCGGUGAAGGACACUCCGGUGAAGGACACCCCACUGACCCACCUCCGAGCGGCAAAGGCAGAAAUGGGCGCCAAGCCAAGACGGAAGCCAACCGAACGAAGCUCCUAUCCUUGAAGAAUCUGUACAGCACGCUACAUAGAACGAGCGAGGUGAUGCUGAAGGGGGGGGAGAAGCAGUGUGAGAAGGGUGAAUAUAUGACCGGUGCGGACCAUCAAGAGGACUCCCAUCGAGAGGACAUCCAUCGAGAGGACUUCCAUAUGGAGGAGGCCUCUCUUCCCAAUGAGAAAGUGGACGUCCCUUCCAGCAGCAGGGGUGCCCAGCAAAAAAGGCGCAUCAGGAAAGUAGACGAUAGAAAAGCGACCCGGGAGAAUGCAAACGAUAUUAGAAGAUAUUUUACGCAGGAAAAGCGCCGGAGCAGGUCAGUGAGGGAGGGGUCUAAUGGGACGUCUGUCCAGGCGAGUAGCGAGUCCGACGUGGAGGCCCGAAGAAAAACCCGUUCGGGAGAGAAGAUCGGCAGGAAUGGCCCAACAAGGGGGCGCUCGGAAAAGAGGCGUGCCGAGCAAUGUGCCGUGCGAUGUGAUGUUCAAAGCGACGCGCUCAGUGACCGACCCGUUCGCCCCCCGAGGAGCAGCCACAGCGAUCAGUCCAUUAAUCGUGUCUUGAAAGGGCACUCACGGCAAGGCAUCCGAAGAAAAGGCUCAGAUGAGCAGGAACCGAGUGGAAGUAACCCUAGAAGCGGCCUCUGGAGAGGGGCCCGCAAAAGGGAGAGUAACAAGGAGAAGACGAAGCAGACCUUGGAUGAGAGGAACGAAGAGAAGACGAAGCAACCCCUGCAUCAGAGGAAUAAAGAGAAAGCGAAGCAGCCCUUCAAGGGGCGCAACCGUAAGGAGGAGGACGAAUCGAUGUACAGUCUAUCCCCACGCUUGAGGAGGCGCAGAAACGGGGGGACCACCAACAUGGAAGAGGAAGCCCCUAAGUCGGAGGAAACAAUCCAAUCAGGUGACACCUCCCCCGUGCGUGAACGCAAAGGAACAAAAUAUAAUAACAUAAAAGAGGAAGAAGAAAGUGGAAAAUUCAGAAACAUGACCCUGGAAGACAUAAAAAACCGUCUCAGGAAAAACGAACCAGACACAUUAAAGAUAUUACUGUGCACUGACAACCACUUAGGGUACAAAGAAAACAAUGCCGUGCAAAGGAAGGACACAUUUAACUCAUUUGAAGAAAUCCUCUUCCUUGCGAAGCAUUUAAAUGUCGAUAUGAUUAUUAACAGUGGUGACCUCUUUCACAAGAAUAAAGUUUCAGAGUAUACACUCUUUAAAUCGAUGGAGAUUAUUAGGAGGUAUUGUCACGUGAGAGGUUACGAGGAUAGCGAAGCGGGGGCUGAAUCGGUAGAAGCUUCUCCCGCGCGGGGAACACAUCCUAGAAGAGCGCUGCUGAAGGAGGUGCACUGCUCCGAUUAUAAGUGGUACGGGGGGGAUGACAACCUCGAUCUCGGUGAGGAGAGCAGCCAUAGUGGGGGGAGCACCAGAAGUGAUAAGCACGGCCACAGUGAUAAUCGCAGCCGUAGUGAGGGAAGCAGCCACAGUGAUAAUCGCAGCCGUAGUGAGGGAAGCAGCCACAGUGAUAAUCGCAGCCGUAGUGGGGAGAGCACCCCCUGCGAGGAACUCCCCCCCCGCGACACAUUCCACAUGUGCCCCGUGAAGGGGAAAGUCGAAACGGCCAUCCCUCUCUUCACCAUGCACGGGAAUCACGACUACCCCUACAGCUGCGACUACAUCAGUCCGUUGGACAUACUUCAUGUGGGCAACCUCAUAAAGUACAUCGGGAAAAGCAGCCUCAACCGAAUUGUGGUGAAGCCAGUACUGCUAAAUAAGGAGGACACCAAAGUCGCCAUUUAUGCCAUUGGAUGGAUUAAAGACGAGCGUCUACACAGAGCAUUUGAAAAGAAGCAAGUGAAGUUUCUUCUCCCAAAUGAUCAUGCCUGUCGCAUCAACAUCCUUGUGCUGCAUCAAAACAGAUACAUGAGAUGUGCACACGGAAAUGACCUAAGAAAUUUUAUUAAAGAAUCGUUCAUCCCCAAUUUUGUAGACUUGGUCAUAUGGGGACAUGAGCAUUUUUCGAAGCCCUACUUGGAGGAGAGUUCAUUGCAAUCUUUUUUCUCCUUGCAGUUGGGUUCGUCUGUACGGACAUCUCUGUGUACAAAUGAGUACGGGGACAAGUAUAUCGGGUUGCUCGAAAUUAGGAAGGAACGAUUUCGAUUUUUGAAGAUCCAGCUGGAAAGUGUCAGACCCUUCGAACUGAAGGAAAUCCGAUUAGCCAACUACCACUUAAAUUUUAACGAUGAGUCUGUUCUGAAGCAGUUUUUACAUGAACAGGUCAGCACCAUUCUGGACACCUUUCAGUUGAGUUUGCGUGAGCAGGUGAAGCGGUACUACCUCUUCAGGCGCGCCUUCUUAGCGGAAGUCGGGAGGGGCAGAAUCGGUAAAGGGAAAGGCGGUAAAGGGAGAAGCGAUAAGGGAAGAAGCGAUAAGGGAAGAAGCGAUAAGGGGAGAAGCGACAAGGGGAGAAACGAUAAGGGGAUAAGCGGUAAAGCGAUAAGCGAUAAAAGGCUAAGCGAUAACAGGACAGACAAUACUGGGAUCGCUGAUGAGGAGGAUCCCCGUUCCCAGCUCUCCGAAGACCAAUGCGCCACGCGAGGGCAUCCCGCCCUUCCGAGCGAAGUCUUCACCGAAAGGGAACUCCUAGACGAGUACUUCGAUUCGCUUAUCUCCGAUCAGGACGUAACCCACUUCCUGAGCAACCUGCAGAAUGAGGAGUUCUACUCCACCACCUUCAUCCACGUCGCCUUCUCCACCCCAAGCGACACAUUCGAUCUGUUAAGAAUAAAGAAAGGAGUCUACGACAAGCCACUAAUCAAAUUGAAGGUCGAGUACGAAGACAUUAACAUUAUAAACACGCAGCUAUUCGGCUCGACUUUUGUCAGCCGGGUCGGAAACCCAUCCGAGUUUCUCACGUUUUACAGAAAAAAGGGAAAAACAAGCGGAAGCACUAAAGACGGACAAGGCACCAACUGCACGGGGCACACGCUCGGGAGAGUCAACACCAUGGGGAUGCAACCUACCAACAUGGAUCAAAAAGAUAUCCUCAUGAUGGAAAAUAUAAAUGAAUACAAUAAGGUGUUUGAUAUCCUUUUCAAUUAUUGCCAGCUGAGAGAGGGGCUAUCAAUCUUAAACGAAAAGACCAUCAUGGAAACGAUACUUAACUUCAUGAGUAACUCUAACUCGUCUUUUAAUUCUGAGUCGACUGGCACGUCUGACUACUGCAACAUCAUUUCUAUGGUCGAUCACUGGGCGCGGAGCAAGGUGAACCUCCUCGAGGGGAGCCUUCGGGACGUCCCUGUGGAGAGCCUAACGGAGGAGUACCUCGCGGAAGUGGUUAAGAACAGUGCGGGGGAGUGA